AUGCAGCCACUAGUGCUUCGAGAAUUCAGUUUGCACAAUUUGGAAGGGGGGCCACAAGAUUGGUAUUGGUUGGCCGGAAGUGGCCACCACCACGGCUUAAUUCUCUUUUCUAUACUCAAGGUUCUUGGGAAGUGCCAGCUACGAGAGGCUGUCGAGGAGAAAGAGCAAGGGCUAGACUCCUUGGUGGUGGAAGAUGGAGCAAAUUGGAGCAUGGGACAGCGACAACUGUUUUGCUUGGGGCGUGCUCUUUUGAGGAGAAGUCGAAUAUUAGUGCUCGAUGAAGCAACUGCAUCAAUUGAUAAUGCAACUGAUAUGAUCCUGCAAAAAACUAUUCGAACUGAAUUUGCAGACUCAACUGUGAUCACAGUAGCUCAUAGGAUACCGACUGUGAUGGAUUGCACCAUGGUGCUCGCUAUAAGCGAUGGAAAAAUAGUAGAGUACAAUGAACCAAUGAAGUUAAUGAAGAGGGAAAGUUCACUGUUUGGACAGCUUGUAAAGGAAUACUGGUCUCAUUAUCAAUCUGCAGAAGCGCAUUGAUGUUAAGGACUAGUUGUAAAUAAUGUUCUAUUAGGAG